AUGAUCUUCAGUGUCUUUUCCAACCGACACGACCCCGCGAUUCUACUGCCCCGCCCGCAGGGGCUGGCGGCGCGGGACAGGCCCCGCUCGCCCGGCCCGCAGCGCCGCUUUCCCCGCGGCUCGCCGGGUGCGGGGCCUCGGGGAGGCGGAACCGGGGCGGGGCGGAUCCCGGGCGCGGGGCGGAUCCCGGGCGCGGGGCGGAUCCCGGGCGCGGGGCGGAUCCCGGGCGCGGGGCGGAUCCCGGGCGCGGGGCGGAUCCCGGGCGCGGGGCGGAUCCCGGGCGCGGGGCGGAUCCCGGGCGCGGGGCGGAUCCCGGGCGCGGGGCGGAUCCCGGGCGCGGGGCGGAUCCCGGGCGCGGGGCGGAUGGGCCCGCCCGCUCCUCGUGGCGGGACGCGGCGGGCAGGCCGGGCAGGGCAGGCCCCGGGCCCGCAGGAGCCGGCGCGGGCGGAGCGGCAGCGGGGCCGGUGUCCUCCCCGUGGCGGCCGCCGGCACCGAGCGGCAGAGGAGACACAGCACAUCCUCAAGGUCCUGCACUCCUGUGAGACUCCUGUUGUGAAGAAGCAGGAAGUGAUGAACUGUGUGUUUGGGGAUUAUCAUCUCAAGAUGGCAGAGGAUCAGAAGAGCAUGAUGAAAGCAGACAUCAAGCUUGGUGGUUCAGAAGUACAGCAAAGCGAUGGGCAGGCUUCAGCUGGUGUGGUGCAUGGGAAUCAACCCGACCAAAUCUCUGAGGCAAAGCCCAAGUCCUUCAAGUCAUCUGACAACAGCUUCCAGGUCGGUUUUACACUUUCUGAGACUGACCCAGCAGUAACUGGCACAUCUUUGGAAGCAGUCCCUGCUGUCAGUGGUGCUGAGCAGAUACCAGCCAGUGUAAGAGCCACUGAACAUGACAACUGGAAUGGAGCCUUGAGUUUUGCUGCCUGUGAACAAGAACCCAAGUUUGCUUUCAACUUUGCCAUCCCAGGUGAAGACUGUCCUCUGACUCCAGUAGUUCUGACAACCCAACAUACAGAGGGUGCAGCAGACUCUGAAGCACUGAAUAAUUCCCUGCCUAUUGAAUCACCAGGUAAGCUGCAGAUUUCAGUUUUACAGGAGCCAGAGUUGACUCCAACUGCAGGUAGUGCUCCCAAAGAGGAUGGAAGCCAUGUCACAGUAAAGAUCCCCCAGCCCAAGACUGCUCCUGAAGAUGAGACAGUGCCAGAGAAAUCAACAGCAGAUGGAGCUGCCCAGAAGAAGAAAAAGAAGAAGAAACAAAAGGCAUCUGUCAGUAAAAAGGCAGAAGAAACUGAGGUCAACAGGAAGGCAAAGGCAGAAGAUAAUGGAUGUCAGAAUAAAGAUACUUCCCACCAGGAUGAGAUCGCUCAGCAGUCAGAUGACCAGCUGUGGAAGGAGGUGGACUGGUGUGUGAAGCAGCUGGAACUUGGCCUGAAGACACAGAAACCUACUCCAAAGCAGGCUGAGGAGGCUCUUCGUGCCAUCAAGACCCUGCGCAGUGCCAAGGCUCCUCUGGUGAAGAAGCGCCAGCUCAUGAGAACCAUGUUUGGAGACUACAGGAAGAAGAUGGAGGAGGAGCAGUGCAAAGAGCUGAAGCUCAUAGAAACAGCAUUGAAAUCUGCCAGGAUCGUGGAAGUGAAGGGAGACAUCUGCAGGAAGAAUGGUCAGUUCAUCCGGAAGUGCUCCAGUGCUUGUAAGAAAAGCCAAGGUGCAGCAGGACCUGCUUCAGAGUCAGCCAGGACACUUAACUCAGGCUCCUUCCAAUUCACACCUUCCCAAGAAGAGUUUCGCUUCAAUUUCUUCUAGGAAAGACUUUUAGACUCAAACUGUGGCCAAAGCUGUGCCAAAUCUCCUAUUAAGAACCCUGGAAAGUUGCUGUGCAGUAGAAAAUGUGAGACAAGACACUCAGUGUGUUCCCUGAGGAAAGAAUCCUCCUUGGGAGUGCUUAUCUAGAGGUUCAGAAUGGACUGUUCAUUUCUGCUGUGGCCUCACACUGUAGAAAGGUGCUUUUUCAGAAGAGAGUCUGCAGCACAGAGUCUGGUUUUCUUCCUGUAGAACUUACAUGAACUUAAAAAUCUGUCCUUUGUACUGGGAGAUUUUCCCAUCCUCCUGUUGCUUUUAAAUGGAGCAGACCUUUGACAGUAGUUGAGGCAGUGAUGCAGACAGAAAGGAAUGGUGUGUAAUGGAGAUCCAGCAAUGUCAGCAAAAUGGAUGGUUGGAUAGUUGAAUGUUU